GGUUCUGCUCUGCUCAGGCAGCACCCUCCGGAGCGGCUGCUCCCCGGAAUGCCAAUUGGCACAGAGCUGGAGCCAGGGGCGCGAGCCUUGGCAGGACGGAAGGGGAGGGUGAGCCUGGCCGUUCUCUCGCGGGGACCUCGGCGUGCUGCUGACGCUGGUGACCGACGCAACGCGCGGGAGAGGGACCGGGUGCGGCUGGUCAACCUGGGCUUUGCCAACCUGCAGCGGCACGUGCCCCAGAACCAGGCAGGCAAGAGGAUGAGCAAGGUGGACACCCUGAGGUCAGCCAGCGACUACAUCCGGGCGCUGGAGCUGCUGCUGAAGGAACCAGGCACCAGAGACUCCCCACGGUCUACCAUCUCAGCGGCGGUCAGCGGGUCCCCCUCCGACUCAUCCCUCUCUGACUCACCUCCCUCUGACUCCCCCCUCUCCUCUUAUUCCUCGGGGGAUACCUCCCAGGACUCCAGCUGCUCUGAGCGGGACCUGGUGGCCUACAAGGAAUGGCUGAGGAUUGAGUGACCAGGGAAUGUUGAGUUACCUGGUUGAAGGACUGCUGGAAGGGGAGUGACUGGUCUGUUUUCUUUCAUCCCUGUCUCUCUGUUUGCUGACAAAGUUCUCUUCUGCAUGGGGACUAUGCUCACAAAGGACAGGAUUUUGAUAUCUCCAGCUGUCUCUGUCUGCGAACUAUGAGCAUCUCCAUUAUUCUGUCUCCAUAUCUGUCAGCUUCAACUGGACGUUAUUUAUGUUGGACAUACCAUAAAUGUACAGGUUUUGUCGCGGUAAUUUGGGUGGCUGGUUUUCAUCCUCAUUUAGCGGGAAGUGGGUACUGAGGGAUGCCAAGGGCUGGCAAGGGUCAAAGGGCAAGGACCCGUUCCCAGGGCACAUCUGCCACCUCUGCUAAGGGUACCAAUAGUGGGGGGACACUGAGGAACAUUCCUGUUUGAAAGUCUCGAUGGGAGCACUGUGCUUGCAUCAUGUUGCCUGCAAUCUCUUGUAAACCGCUGAGGAGGUGGCAUUCCCGCGGUAUGGACUAAGACUGCACAUGUCUGUGAGACCGUCGACUCAGGAAACUGCUCAGUCCGAGACUGUUGUCUACCAGCAGCUGACUGUUUCAUAACGGCCCAGGUGUGGAAGAGACACCAGUCCAGGAGGAAAGUCUUUGCUGUUAGUUGACACAUUUCUGUGUUACAGUGAAAUAAUCCACCUUUGUGAACACUCAGCUCCCUGUUCAGGAUCAUCUCUGAGGUCUUCCAUUGUCCCUUCGUACGACCUCACUGCCUGUUGGCCAGAUGGUACCUUCCACUGGCUCAAAGAGUAACAAAGUCCAAAUGUUCCUCAAACUCGCACGGGAAAUGCAGGUCAGCAUUCGCUCGAUAAUCCUGAGGGAGCACUGCACUGUCAGAGGGUCAGUGCUGAGGGAGUGCCGCACUGUCAGAGGUUCAGUGCUGAGUGAGUGCCACACUUUCAGAGGUUCAGUGCUGAGGGAGUGCCACACUGUCAGAGGGUCAGUGCUGAGGGAGUGCCGCACUGUCGGAGGGUCAGUGCUGAGGGAGUGCCGCAUUGUCGGAGGGUCAGCGCUGAGGGAGUGCCGCACUGUCGGAGGGUCAAUGCUGAGGGAGUGCUGCACUGUCGGAGGGUCAGCACUGAGGGAGUGCCGCACUGUCGGAGGAUCAGUGCUGAGCGAGUGCUGCACUGUCAGAGGGUCAGUGCUGAGGGAGCGCCGCACAGUCAGAGGGUCAGUGUUGAUGUGCCACACUAUCAGAGGAUCAGUGUCGAGGGAGUGCCGCACUGUCAGAGGGUCAGCGCUGAGGGAGUGCUGCACUGUCGAAGGGUCAAUGCUGAGGGAGUGCUGCACUGUCGGAGAGUCAGUGGUGAGGGAGUGCCACACUAUCGGAGGGUCAGUGCUGAGGGAGUGCUGUCCUGUCAGAGGGUCAGUGCUGAGGGAACGCGCAUUGUCAGAGGGUUCGUGCUGAGGAGAAUAAGUGCUGAGGGAGUGCCGCACUGUUGGAGGAUAAGUGCUGAGGGAGUGCCGCACUGUCGGAAUAUCAGUACUGAGGGAGUGCUGCAUUGUCUGGGGGUCAGUACUGAGGAAGUACCGCACUGUCGGAGGGUCAGUACUGAGGGAGUGCCGCACUGUUGGAGGAUCAGUGCUGACGGAGUGCUGCACUGUCGGAGGGUCAGUGCUGACGGAGUGCUGCACUGUCGCAGGGUCAGUGCUGAGGGAGUGCUGCACUGUCGGAGGGUCAGUACUGAGGGAGUGCUGCACUGACAGAGGGCCAGUGCUGAGGGAGUCCUGCACUGUCAGAGGGUCAGGAGUGAGGGAAUAUCGCACUGUCAGACGGUCUGUGCUGAGGGAGCAGAUAAUGUCGGAGUGUUAGUGCUGAGGAAGUCUCACCGUGUAAGAGUUGUUCUCUGCCUGGCUUCUCUUGAUUGUGAAAGAUUGAAGAAGAGUUCCAUUUUAUUUCUUGUCCAAUAUUUAUCACUCAACUGAAACAACAAAAGUGGGUGAUCUCGUCACCAUCACUCUGGCUUUUAUGGGAGUUUGCCUUGUACAUAUUUUCCACUGCUUUGCCCCCAACAGGGACCACCUCUCGCAAAUUCACCUCCAAUUUGGAUCCAGGUCCUGGAACCCAUUCCCUGACAGCUCAGUGGGUGUCCCGAUACCACCUGGACUACAGCGGCUCAGGAAGGGGUCCACAGCACCCUCAGCAGGAGCAAUUAGGGAUGGGUGAAACAUCUCACCAAAUGUAGGAGAAGAAUCUUCAAAAAGGUCCUUUGUUUCUGUGAAGAGACCUUGAGAUGUCUUGAGACACAAUUAAUGAAAGGCAAGAUCUUUCUUUAUAAACCACAGGUGGUUCCUCAGUGAGACUGCACUCAACUGAGAAGGAACUGUUACAUUUUGGGUAUCUUAUUCUAACCUUUCACUUAGACAGGGCCUCAGAAUGACCAGGGCAGUUUGCAAAGUGAGUUUGGACCUGGGCCUAGCAGGUUUUAGAUUACUCUGACCUGAGGAAGUACAUGUUCAGAUUGGAACGGGGUCAGCUAGGUGGACCUUAUAGAGUAUGAGUUCCCUGAUUGGAGCUGUUAAUCUGGGUCGAAGAGGGUGGUGCUGGGAAAAUACAGCUGGUCUGGCACCAUCGGUGGAGCAGUAAGCCCUUCAUCAGGAAUGUCAUCAGGAUUGGAUCAGAUUAACCAGCUGUUAAUCUGGUCCAAUCAGGGAGCCCUGGCUGACAGAUACACACUGGAGUGUCAGGAGUUUUAUUCACUCUGACUCUGUGCUAGCAGGGUCAGUGUCACAUACUAUCCAUGUGUGAAUAAAGGGUGGCUUGGUGGUAGGAUAUUUCUGUCGGGUAAAAGGUUAUGCCAAGGCCUGGGUUGGGAGUUAGGGAGAACCCCCUCUUCCACUUGCCCCUGAGGGUCUUCCCAUGAUGCAGAUUUGGGGACAGAGUCACAUGACAUCUGAGGAUUUGCCCCAAGAGAGCUUUGGGUGUUCGUUGUUCAGUGGAGCUGUGAUAUAAGGAGGAGUGUAGCUGAGGACGACCAGACCAGAAUCAGUUGUCAAUCCUGGGACAGGAUGGGUUACCUUAUGAGGAACCAUUGGACUGAUUGGGCCUGUAGCCUUCAGAGUUUAGGAGAAUGAGAGAUGAUCUUGUUGUAAGAUCUACAUUUCUGAGAGACCUUGACAAGAUGGAUGCUGAGAGAGAAGCAGAGAGUGCUGGAGGAACUCAGCAGGUCUGGCAGCAUCUGUUGAGAGAAAAAGAUGUGGAGGUGCCGGUGUUGGACUGGACUGGACAAAGUCAGAAAUCACUCGACACCAGAUUAGAGUCCAACAAGUUUAUUUGAAAUCAAAAGCUUUCAGAGCGCUGUUCCUACAUCAGGUAAAGUCACUUUACCUGACCAAAGAGCAGCCCUCUGAAAGCUUGUGAUUUCAGCAAAACCUGUUGGACUAUAACCCGGUGUUGUGUGACUUCUAACUUUGAGAGAAACAGAAAGUUAAUGUUUCAAAACAAGCACCUAACUAUUCUAAUCCCAUUUUCCAACACUUGUUCUAUAUUUGAUUGUGCUCUGUUUCCUGUUCAGCAUUUAGCUGUAAAAUUAAACUGUAAAAAUUAUACCAAACAAAUAAGA